AUGAAGCUUACAACGGUCCGGCCAACGCGUAACGCGUGGGCGGGGCACGAUCGACGGAGAUCGAUCCUGUACAUAUUCUGGAGGCCGGGGACACACGUUCUGAACUCUCUAAAGUAUGUUUUUGCGUGCGCUGCAGGUCCCAUUCCUCCUGAGCUGGGGAACCUUGGUGCCCUGAAAACGCUCCACCUAGAGAUCAAUGAGCUAACAGGUCCAAUUCCGGAGGACCUGGGGAACCUCACAGCUCUGACGACCAUGCAGCUCAGCUGCAACAACCUGGAAGGAUUCAUCCCGCCGAGGCUGGGUAAGCUAGCAGCACUGCAGUGGCUCAGCCUUUGGAACAUCCAAAUUACUGGUACGAUCCCCGCUCCACUCGACGCGCUCAACAAGCUACAGAAUCGUGUUUUUUCAUUUCUGCAACACAUGUAUAUGUCACGGCCAAUACCCAAGGAGCUGGGCAACCUUUCCGAGCUGAAGGAGCUUUGGUUGAGCUUCAACCAGCUUGCAGGUCCCAUUCCCCCUGAGCUAGGGAACCUUGGUGCCCUGAGAACGCUUCACCUGGGCACCAAUGAGCUGACAGGUCCCAUCCCGCCAGAGCUGGGAAAGCUCGCAGCACUGGAGAGCCUCGACCUUACGAGCAACCACCUGACUGGAACCAUACCACGGCAGCUAGGACGCCUUCGCCGCUUGGAGAGGCUCGACCUCAUCGGGAACAAGUUAGAUGGUGGUGAACCUCAGGAACUUUGA